UAUUGUAGGAGUAGUGAGGUAGACUAGGUAGGUAGUAGUAGAGGCAGACCAGAGAUUUCCUUAUAAAGACAAAAUCUAUUUCACUUCCUUCUCUGGGCUCACUCACUCUUGGGCUUUCAGUGUUGGGUUUGACGAGCUGCUUUGCAGAAAAGGAGGACCUUCCUAGUGACGCAGCAACCUUUCGACACACUGCUUUGUAGUUACCCAACCUACAAGAAGUUUAGUUUUUCUUCUGUUGGUUUCUCUGUUGGAUUUGCCGUGGUUGAGCUGUUGCUCUGGCAGUUUGGACCCACCGCUUGAACCCAGGAGACCUGCCACUCAGAGAAAUAAGAAAUGGCAUCAACCGCACACUUCUCAGAGGAGGAGAUGGCAGAGCUACAAGAGGCUUUCAGCAAAGUCGAUGUCAGUGGGAAUGGCUUCAUCCAUACCAACGAUUUAACAGAUGUGUUGAAAGCAGCCAAUCUCCCUCUCCCAGGAUAUAAAGUCAGAGAACUCAUUCAAAAUUUGACAACCACGGGGGAUGGCAGGAUCAGUUUUGAUGAAUUUAUUUCAAUUUUCCAAAAUUUGAAGAGUGAUGAUGUUGCUAAGUCGUUCCGAAAGCAAAUCAACAAAAAGGAGGGGAUCUGUGCCAUCGGUGGGACAUCCGAGCAGUCCAGUGCCGGCACACAACACUCUUACUCAGAGGAAGAAAAGUAUGCCUUUGUCAACUGGAUUAAUAAAGCCCUUGAGAAGGAUCCUGACUGUAAGCAUGUGGUCCCGAUGAAUCCAGAAACAGAUGACCUCUUCCAGGCAGUUGGUGAUGGCAUAGUGCUUUGUAAGAUGAUCAAUUUCUCAGUGCCAGAUACCAUCGAUGAGAGAACAAUCAACAAAAAGAAACUCACACCCUUCACAAUACAGGAAAAUCUGAACCUCGCCCUGAACUCUGCUUCAGCCAUUGGGUGCCAUGUUGUUAACAUUGGAGCUGAAGACUUAAAAGAAGGGAAACCUUACCUGGUGUUGGGUCUUUUAUGGCAAGUCAUUAAAAUUGGACUCUUUGCUGACAUAGAGAUCAGCAGGAAUGAAGCCUUGAUUGCUCUUCUGAGAGAAGGAGAGAGCCUGGAGGAUCUGAUGAAGUUGUCUCCAGAGGAACUGCUGCUGAGAUGGGCAAACUAUCACCUGGAGAAUGCAGGAUGCAACAAAGUCAGCAACUUCAGCUCAGACAUCAAGGACUCAAGAGCUUAUUACCAUCUGCUGAACCAGGUUGCCCCCAAGGGAGAUGAAGAAGGCAUUCCGGCUAUUACUAUUGACAUGUCAGGAUUAAGGGAGAAGGAUGAUGUCCAGCGAGCAGAGUGCAUGCUGCAGCAGGCAGAGCGACUGGGCUGCCGGCAGUUCGUCACCGCCACCGACGUUGUGCGGGGGAACCCAAAGCUAAACUUGGCCUUCAUCGCCAACUUGUUUAACAAAUACCCUGCCCUUCAUAAGCCAGAGAACCAGGACAUCAACUGGAGCUCUAUUGAAGGUGAGACAAGGGAAGAGAGGACAUUCAGGAACUGGAUGAACUCUCUGGGUGUUAAUCCACGUGUAAAUCAUUUAUAUAGUGACCUGUCAGAUGCCUUGGUCAUCUUCCAGCUCUACGAAAAGAUCAAAGUACCAGUAGACUGGAACAGAGUGAACAAACCACCAUAUCCUAAACUGGGUGGCAACAUGAAGAAGCUUGAAAAUUGCAACUAUGCAGUGGAACUGGGAAAGAAUCAAGCCAAAUUUUCCCUUGUUGGCAUUGCUGGGCAAGAUCUGAAUGAAGGAAACCGUACGCUCACGCUGGCCUUAAUCUGGCAGUUGAUGAGAAGGUACACCCUGAAUAUCCUUGAAGACAUUGGUGGUGGAGAGAAGGUCAAUGAUGAAAUCAUUGUCAGCUGGGUCAAUGAAACACUGACUGCAGCUGGGAAGAAUUCAACCAUCUCCAGUUUCAAGGAUAGCAAAAUCAGCACCAGCAUGCCAGUCCUGGAUCUCAUUGAUGCCAUUCAACCAGGAUCAAUCAAAUAUGACCUCUUGAAAACAGAGGACCUGAAUGAUGAGGAGAAACUGAAUAAUGCGAAGUAUGCUAUCUCUAUGGCAAGAAAAAUUGGAGCAAGAGUCUAUGCCCUUCCAGAAGACCUGGUUGAAGUAAAACCCAAAAUGGUCAUGACAGUGUUUGCUUGCCUUAUGGGAAAAGGCAUGAAGAAAGUUUAAAGCACAAAAUACUUGUACUGAUGCCUGGUGUUCACCCUUUUGAUUCCCUCAAACUGCUGGAUGCUCUUCUCCGUAUCAAGGAAUAUGCAGGGUGCUCAUGCUUUAAAGGCAUGAAUGUUAACACGGUUCCAGAUCAUACUAAAGUUGUGUAUCCACAUGUAUCCAGGAAAUGUUUUCUUUUGAACAGUA